GGACGAAACACUCUUUCUUCCCAAUCAACUUCUAAGUCUCAAGCGAGCAGAAGGGACAUCGAAGAUAUCAACGGUCCUUCAACAAUGUACAUAGGGCGUAUCAGUCGGUCAAGCAGAUGAUUGGGUGAUGGUAACCUAUGACCCCCAUCCGUUUCAUAUCAUACAUCUUUCUCGGACAUGUCCUUGGGUAAUCGUACAUCAUUAUCAAAGAGGGUUCCUUUUUUCUCUUCCUUAUUCCGAUUCGGUCGUUCAGAUUCCGACAAAAGACAUAGGUCUAAACUCUCUUCCACCACUCGAUCUAGGCAUCUCUUAUCACGCCCUCCGACUAUGGGUCAAGGAAACUUUCUAGCAAUCUUUCCUAGAAGAUUCCUCAGACGUCUUCUCAUUUGUCUUUUCAUCUUCACAUUGAUCCUCACCUCUAUCCCAUUCGCUGCAUAUCAAUACUACCCUGAACCUCCAAAACAUCAUAAACAUAAUUUCUUCGAAGCUCUCCCAUGGCCUUUUCGAUUAUACAAAGAAAAUUAUUAUCCUUCACCUAUCAAGCCUGAACCUCCAGAAGCUUUGACGGAUCUUUUAGCGGCCCCAUGGGCCGGGAGUUGGAAACUUCCUCCACUCGGCAGUAUCAACAAUCAAAGAUAUACUCAAGAUGGUCAAGAAGGAGUUUUGCUAAAACUUCAUGUUUUCUCUACACCUCAUAUCUCUGCUAGUAAAAGACGGAGAUUGAUUAGGGAGUAUUCUCCUAUGCACUAUAUACCGAGGGAAUAUCGACAUUUGAUCGAAUUCAACUUCGUCUUAGGUCGUUUACCAUUGAUCGAAAAUGUGAUGGAUCCUGUGGAAUUGAAGAAGGAACAGGAGGAGUAUGGAGAUAUGAUUUUCCUUGAUGGUUUGAAAGGAGGAGAGAAUAUGAAUGAUGGGAAGACAUUAGAUUGGGUGAAGGCUGUUGGUAGGGGUAAAGCAGGCAAAGAAGCGUGGUGGGUUGUAAAGUGUGAUGACGACAGUCCGACGAAUCAGCUCAUUACAGACUUUCCCCUUGUUACCAAAUCUGCUGGAUUUCCUACUUUCUCAAGACCCACAUACUCCGACGUGGUUCGGCACGGCCUUGGGAAGGGCAUGAUGUAUGGUUUCUCGUGGGGUGUUGCGAAAACCAUUGCUUCGGCAGAUCUGCCACGAAAAUUCGUUGAGACCAACUAUGACGAAGACGCUAAAAUGGGAAUAGUUAUGAUGUCCCUCCCACCCACACCGAAGAUCUUCAAUCGUCUCUCUCAUCUACAACCUACCAACCUCACCGACCCACUUCAGACCGAUCCUAUCCUUCGACUCAGUGAACUCGCCGCUAAAGCUCGGGGAGAACGAAAGAAAAAAGAUUAUUCAAGUCCUUAUCCAAAUCCUGAUCCUCGGACGGGAUUAAAGAAGAUAGACGUUGGAAGAAGGAUGGCGAGUCUGUUCGAUUGGUAUGUCGCUGGGACAAAUAAAGCUUUAUGUUGGCAUGGAUUGAAACUUGAUGAGGAUUAUCUACAAGGUUAUCAUCAAGCUGCUAAAAGAGGGAAAUGGUCACCUCCCAGUUGGUUGAAGAAAUAUCAAAGAUGA